CCGGUUCUUUCUAACGAACCGAUUCAUGGAAAUGAGUCGGACACCUAUUCACUAUAAGAAACUCAGUGCGCAUGCGCGAGCUAGUAAACUUCCUUCUGGAGUCUUGACUUAUAAUGGGAAUGCAAUGAGGAUUCAUUGGUGCUGCUGCAGAUUGUUGGGCCGCGUGCGGACGCACUUCAUCAUCAGCUCUAUUGUGUUGCUGCUUCUAGCUGGAGUCUCUCUGACCUUUUUAUUGCCUAACAAUGAAGACGGCAGCAUUCUCCAACAGCUCCGCCGUAGAUCCAAUACCUCAUUUACCCUCCCAGACCCAGGGGACAGUUUUACUAUAAUCAUGCAAACGUACAACCGCACCGAUAUACUCCUCAGACUCCUCAAUCAUUAUCAGGCUGUGCCUCACCUGCAGUGCAUCAUCAUAGUGUGGAAUAACCCUGGCGAGCCACCGCCCAGGAAACUAUGGGAUGCCCUCGGCCCACACCCUGUGCCCGUCUUCUUCAAAGAGCAGAGCGUCAACAGAAUGCGCAAUCGACUGCAGCCGCACCCUGAGAUCAAGACUGAUGCUGUUUUGAUGCUAGACGAUGACACAUUGGUCAGUGUUCCCGAUAUCAGCUUUGCAUUUUCUGUCUGGAAGCAAUUCCAAGAUCAGAUUGUGGGAUUUGUUCCACGGAAGCAUGUGACCACAGCAUCUGGAGUGUACAGCUACGGCAGCUUUGAGCUUCAGGAUCCAGACAAAGGUGGAGGUGACAGCUAUUCAAUGAUCCUAGUGGGUGCGGCCUUCUUCCAUCGGCGCUUUCUGAAACUGUUCCAAGAUCAGCCAGGUGAAGUGCACACUCUGGUGGACGAAACCCAGAACUGUGACGACAUCGCCAUGAACUUUGCUGUGGCACAUCAACUCUCACUGGUGUCCGGACUGAAGCGCCCCUCUGGGGUGUUCGUGAAGCCUGUAGAUAUGCGUAAUUUGGAGAAGGAAGCCAGCAGCGGGUAUGUGGGCAUGUGGCACAGAGCGGAGCACAUGCUGCAGCGCUCUUACUGCCUCAACAAGCUGACCCAGAUCUACGGGGAAAUGCCGCUCCUCUACUCCAACAUCAUGAUCUCACAGUUCGGCUUUCCCAGCUAUGCUAAUCACAAGAGCAGGAUAUGAUGUCAGCACAUUUGAGAGACAGGUGCAAUCUCAAUUAUGAGUUAGUAGGUAAUCGUUUUGGACAAAUGCCAUGCCUGGCAAUUUUAAACCCUUGGAAGUGCACAUCUCACCUAAAACAUGAGUUUGUCCAACUUGCAAACCUUUUGCCAGGUUUGAUGGAUUUUUGCAAUGGUAACAUUUCUACAUUCUCAGGUCUUGAUGCUUUUACAUUUAUAAUACCUAGAAAUUUAGGCUUGGAUACUUAAUUUUUUUUGGGGGGGGGGAUGUAUGCAUGUCCUUAUGAUACUAUGGAAGCUUACAGAAUAAAAAUAAAAAAUGUAAUUAACUUUUUAUCUUGCAAUUUGGACUUUAUAACUUGCAAUUGCUUGCUUAUAUCUAAAAAUUCUGAGAAAAAAAAGUCAGAAUUGUGUGAUAUUAUGGAGCCCCUAAAGGGACAUGGUGAAGGAAAAAAUAUGGAAUGGGAUGGAAAAUUAUAUGUCAAUGCUUUUAUGUUAGAAUUGUAAAAUUAAGUAAGAAUUGUAAAAUUAAAAAAGUUGCAAUUAUCCUUUUUUGUUUUUUAUUCCCUGGAGGAAACAAGCUGCCAUAGAAAUAGACCAGCAAACAAACCAAAUAACAACAUUCAUGUGCUUAUAUUGCUAAUGGAUUUUUAUUUUAGAGUAAUUUUUUAAAACUUUUCUAUUAGUGCCUCCAGCAAUACAGGAUAAAAUUUGUGCCUUUACCAACAUAGUAUAAUGAAGAUGGUCUGCUGAAGAUUUGAAGAUUCAUAGAUUCAUCUAAUUACAGGAUGGGUGGAUGGAUGGAUGGAUGGAAAGUCAGUAUCAUAUUGGUUUACAAAAUUGUUUAUGAAAGUAAAAAGAGAGAGAGAUAGAAUAUCAAUAUAAACUACACAGAACCAACAAUAUAAAAUCAUUUAUUUGACAGUGGUUACAUGGAAAAACAGUGCUAUAAGUAUAAACAACAGUAGACGUGCAUGUUCACAGUGAUUGCUGUAAAUGGAGCCAAAAUAUAACUGCCAUGAAAUAUUUCCUGAGAACAGAGCUGAAUUUUUCUGAGAAAAAUCCUGUAAUUAUAAAGUCUUAUCUCAAGGUCUCAAGGCAGAAGGCUCAAAGUGAAAGUAAAAGUGUGAUAAUUCCCUUUCAUUUUGGUGAAAAAAUGUUUACACCCUUUAAAAGUGCCUCAUGUCUGUUUGUUUUGGACUCUGUUUGAUUUUCAUUGGUUCCUGUGUUUGUUUGUUCUUAGUUCUUGGCACUCAUCAGCCUGUAAGUUCACCGCCAUUAUGAGUUCAUGUUUAUCAGCUGUGUAUUGUUAAUCUGCUUGUUAUCCGCACUUAAGUUCCUGCCUUUCUACUGUUCUUGGUCCAUCUCGUUUCAGUUUAUAUGCGUGUAUCCCUGUCAGUUUGGAUUCUGUUAUUAAACCUUGUACUGGAAAGUUA